GGUGGACAUGGAAGCAGGAUGAAACCGGGACAUUUUAAUAGCAGCUGGGAAAGUAGGAUGGCAGAGGAUUCAUUGGGACUGCCUUGCUAAAUCUGGACCGUCGGAGGGUAUGCAAUCUAGAUUCAGACAAGACUUGUUAGCAACCGAGUGAGAAAAGGGCAGAGAAGUAUUGGUCCUUUGGGACAGAUCCUGGCAACUAAGGCAAGCAAUUUCACCUGUUCUUUUCUGCAAGUAGCACCAUCAUCAGUCUCUAGGGCUCUCCUUGAAAAGGUAUAGGGGAAAAGACCUUUGCACCACUCCCAGUUCUCUGCUUUGCCUCCCAGGCUCAGAGCUCGCAUUCUCAUCCGGUCCUGUGUGGUGGACAUCCAUCAUGGAGACGCCCUUGGAGAAAGCCUUAGCCACUCUGGUAUUCACCUUCCACAAAUAUUCGGGGAAAGAAGGUGACAAAUUUACUCUCAGCAAGGGUGAGCUGAAGGACCUGGUGAUGAAGGAACUGGCCCUUGGAGAGAAAAUGAAGGAGACCGGAUUCGACAAGCUGAUGGGCAACCUGGACAAGAACAAGGACGAGCAGAUCGACUUCAAGGAGUACACUAGCUUCCUCUCUGCCCUCUGCAUGACUUACAACGAUUUCUUCAAGCAAGAUUCCAAAUAGGGGGCUGUGUGGCAAGAUGCAUAGGGCAACCCUCUGUUGAUGGAUACCCUGCCUUAGUCCCAACUUUGAAUAAAGAGCUUCCU